AUGCCGAGUCGGUCCAGUCUGGGGGGCGGGGCUGCCGAGGUGGCCGCCGAGGUGGCCAAGCGCUCAGUCAUCCAAGCGCUGUAAAGCGAAUCAUAUCAGUGAAAACGGACUGGCUUGAGUCAGGUGCUGUCCUACCGUGCGUACUGGAAGACACUGCUGCAGGAGCUGCAUCUGAGUGCAGCUGUCUCAUACUCUCUGUCUGACUUGUCGGUUUCUCUGUUCUGCAUGCUUAGCUCUCUCCCACCCACUCUUUCUAUCACACAUCAGCCCAGCCUCCAAGGUAAAUGCACAAUGAAUGGUAAAAUGCUUUCACCUCAACCACCCCUCCCAUUCCUCACUCACAGAGCCGCGGAGGGAUCUGAUGUAUAGAUGCUGCCGUCAGCGCUAUUUUUAACACUGUGAAGUAAAGUCAGUGGUAUUAAACUAGCAUUGUGUUGCGGGCUUCCCCAAGAUCUUUGGAGUUGAAUAGAUAUAAAUCUCUUGGUUUGGUGUUGGGCUUGUUUGUGUGCCCGACAAAACAAGUGUGAUUGUGAGUGUAUGUGUGUGUGUGUGGAGUGCUACUCUCUCAUCCUCCCUAUAAUCACAGUUCUCCCGAGCUCCGCCACAAAUCUGUUUUACUGGCCUCGUUGACAUCGUACUUGGUUUUAACACCCAACGUGGUGCUGACAACUCUACAUAAACGCUCAGUCAUACUACAGUUGAUAGAGCAGGCUGGAAUUAGCUCACAGUGAAACCCUCAAUGGGAAGAACUUAGCAGAGGAGCCAAACCCCAGACAGUUGAUUUAAAUAUGUAGCCUAAUUGAUGUAAUGUUUCUCUGUCUUACUGUACUACUGUUCCAGUGUCAAAUCUCAGGAUUUUAUGGUACAUGUCUAUAAUGCUAGUUGUGGUCACUUGGCUUUUAGGGCCUAUCUCUGUGUGAGACAUUAAACAGGUGAGCUGUAUCAGCCCACUCUCGCUCUUUACUACACUAUAAAGCCUGUUUUAGAGAAGUCUGAUCUAGGGAUCUCACUCAGGCUGGACUGACUGGCCUCUCCCACAGCCCUCACCACCCUUUCAUGAUGCUCCUCUCACCUCAUGAUGUGCCUCUCAGACAGGCCUAACGAGGGAGAGUGGUGGCACAGACUCUCUCUCUCUCACACACCAGACUAAUGUGCAACACGUCGGCAGCGGCGCUUUUAAAUAAAGAUCCAUUGUUUUCUGAAGUAGAGAUGAGAGGGAGAUGGGUGUUUUUGAAAUGCUGGAGGCCAGCUGUGCAGAUCCUAAUGCUGCUUUGAUCUAUUGCCAUGCUAACAGGAGUGUGUGUGUGUGUGAGUGUGUGUGUGGGUGUGUGUGUGGCCCACAGGGACCCAUUGCCACAGCUAUUAUCAGGCUUUUAUUUCUGUAAUGAGUUUCCACCUCACACAGACAGCAAUAGGAUACAGCUGCCCUCUGUGUGAUGUGUGGACUUGAUAUUAGGGCUACAUUUGAAUGGCAACCUUUGGCUUGGGGAUGAUUUUCAUUGCCCAGAGUCUGAUGGAGAAUCUAUUGUUACGUGACCUUGCAGUGGGGGAACCAAGGUCAUGGCUGUAAUUUGGUCAGCUCGGUAAAUUCACCUCACUGUGAGUCAUGACGUAUGCUCAUUAGGAGGACUAUGCUUCAGCUAUAGCUGGGCAAUUCCAUGGUUACAGAGUGAUGCUGAGACAGUGAAGAUGCAAAGUUUGGUAACAGAAUGCCAAACUUUGCAUCUGCACUGUUCUUCAAGUAAAUGUGUUUUUGUCAAAUUUUCUGUGGAAAUUGUUCAAAGUAGUCCUUGUGCAUAGAGUUGUGUGGUUUGUUUAACUUUGCAAUCAUUGGUUUUUGUUUGACAUGCAUUUUAAAGGGAAAAAUCUGAGUCUCAGCAUCACAGCUACCAUGGAGUUGCACCAGCUUCAGUGUGUUUUGUAUGCCAUUUUAAAAAGCGCUGAUUUGACAAGGCCUGAUAAGGGCUUUCUUACCUGAAGAAGAGAGGGCAGAUUUGUCCGCGAAAACAAAAGGAUGCCCCUGAAGUGUCUUCCUGACUUUCUGAUUAUCAGCUGUAUGCAGACCACAGGAAACUGAUCAGUCUGCUCUAUCCAGCCUAUCCUUCUCUCUGCCUAUAGCAGCUCUAUUGAUUAGACUCUCUUGUAAGACAGAAGUGAAUGGGGUAAGCUAUAUAGUUCCAUCACAGAGGUGAUAGCGUGUGUGUGUGAGCCAAAGCUUUGGAUGUGCAUGGACUCCAGAGCACUGAGCACUGUGUGUCUGGACAGGAGAGGAGGACAGAGUUAAAAGGCGUAACACCCUGGUGUUUCUGGGGGAAGUUUCUGUUCCGUGCCUCUGCCCAUGAGAGGCUGUCAGUAUGCUCUGCUCUCCUCUGUUUUGACCAGGCUCAAAGAGGAGACACAGCAGUAAGCUCCACAGUUUUGAUAUUCUGGUUUCAAGCAUCACUCCGCAGGAUAAAAUUCUACUAGAAUGAAUUGCGCCGUCGAUGCUGGUGCCCAGUAC